CAGCGUCCUCGGUCUGAGUCCGUCUCUAGGCAACAGCAACCGGUACAGCAGCGAAGCAGCUGUCUGGCUGUGGGCCUUAGGUGCCAUGGACCUGGUCAUCACACAGGAACUGGCCCGUGCCCAGAACCAACAAGACGCUGCUGCCCUGCGACGAGCUUAUGAGCUGAUCAAGUCGGCAAACCUGGGAAAGUCGGAGUUCGACCCCUCAGAGAGCUUUAGCCCGGACCUCUUCGUGCUGUGUGCAGAGGAGGCACUCAAGAUGGGGGAACCUGAGAUGAGUGAGGACUGCAUCCAGAUGUACUUCAAAGUGAAGGCGCCAGUCACUCAGUUUCUGGGGCGAGCGCACCUGUGCAGGGCUCAGCUUUGUGCCCCACAGUCAGAGGCAAACCUGGAGGAAUUUGAAAAUUGCGUGACUCAAUACAUGAAGGCUAUAAACUUCGCAAAAGGAGAACCGAGGUAUUACUUCUUGGUGUUCAAUGCUUCUGUUCUCUACUGGCACAUGGUGCGGCCAUUUCUCAAGCCUGGAUACCACCAGUAUGUGAUCCCUAGUCUCUCUCAAAUCAUCAGCGUGUUAAACCAGACAGAAGAAGAGGACAAGGAGUGGCAGGCAGAGCUGAUGACGGAACUUCUUGAAUGCUACCUGCAAGCAGGAAAAAAUGAGGAGGCUGCCAAGUUCUGCUUGACGGCUGCACCCUUCAUCAAAACCCAUGUGCCGCACAAGUACCGGUAUAUGUUCUCAAUCAUGGUUCGCUACGAGCUGAUGGACAAUCAUCAGUUAAUAGAAGAGAAGAAGCAUUCCACCAGUCUCUCCAUCACAUACCACAUCAAUUCACUAAAAGCGAAAUUGGAUAAACAUAAUUUGCCAGAAGACAUCGACGGAAUUCUGAGAAAAACCUAUAAACAUUUAAGUCAUUAUAAUCACCACCGCUUCCCUUCUAUCAAAGAAGAAAAAAUGCUUCUGCUUUUUGAAUUGGGCCGCCUGUCUGUGACCUUGAAAAAUGUGUCAGUGGCCAGCGACUGCCUCUCAGAUCUGAAGAAACUUGAAACCAAAGAUCUUGCCAAGCAGCUAGAAAUCGAAGGCCUGGAGUGUGAAUUAGAAGCUUUGAGACUGGAGAGUAGACUUAAAAUGUACCUUCGAGGAGCCGUUGAGGAGCAGCUGGACAUCAUAAAGAGACUGGACGUCAUACUGCAGCGGGCCAUCCGUUUGGGUGACCCCACAACCAUCCAUGUGCUAUGUACCACACAGUGGAACGCCUGCCUCCCCCUGCUGCAGCGCAACCUGAGGCACUACCUCCGGAAGCCACUGACCACCAUCGCUGAGAUUCUGGAAAAAGUUGAUAGCCUCAUGACCGUGAUGCGCUGCCAAGUCCACAUGGAGAUGGCUUAUAUUGAGCAGGAUGAGGACCGGCUGGAGCCCGCCAUUGAGCACUUGCAGAAGGCCAUGCACCUGGACAGCCAAGGCCUCUACCAGGACAAGAUGAGCACAGCUUACAGCCGGCUGCAGCUGUGUACCAUGCUGUACCAGUCCCCCGACCGCCCUGAGGACAAGGCCACCAUGGCCAUUGAGCAGGCAAAGAAAGCCACCUUGAAAGACAGUGCCCGGAAGAGGCGUGCACUCCUGGUGAAUGCAGGCCUGGCCCUCGCCCCUGACACCUUCCAGAUCGUGCUGGACAGCGAGAAUGAGGCCAAAGUUUCCACCGGGAAAACCAGGGGUCGCUUCACCUACCUCUGUGCAAAAGCUCGACAUUACAUCCUCAGCGUGGACAAAGCUGCUGGGCACCUGCGGCGUCUGGGAUAUGAGAAUGACAGAGAGAGAAUUGUGAUUUGGGCCGAGCUAGCCAAGGUUGCCUGGAAGCAAGAUGUGUGUGAUGUCUGUCGCACAGCAGCCCGCUUCUGCCUUCUGUAUGACAAUGCCAAGGCAAGGAAGACUGCAAAGCUAAAACGAGGGAAGAAAAAGAAAGGUAUAGAGAGCUUGGCGCAUGAAUGGGGGCCAACUGAGGUGAUCCUGCAGAGGCAUAUGUCCCCUGACCUGUUGAGGAAGAUCGCGGAGGUGGCAUUCCUCAGUGCUGAGGCCACUGUCCACUUGCUGCGCUUGGAAGGUGUGGACCUGAAUGACCAGGCCAUCCCCCCUGAGGACUUGAGCCAACACCCAGCUGGAUAUGUGCCUGAGCCACCAGAUAGCAAUCCAGAGUGGAUCACAUACAGAACCUGGAUAGAAAGCCUGUCACAGUAUGCAAUGAGCAACUGGUUGCGUGCUGCAGAGAUUGGGCAGGAGUUAGGGGAGCCCUGGAUCGUGCAAAAUGCUGUGGUCUAUGUUCUGAACCACAACCGCCACCUCAUCUUGGCUGGGAGGCAGAAAGAGCUGGUGGAUUCCCUGUGUCACCUCCUGAACACCCUCAAGGUCACUGGCUACAAAGGGGACUCUGUCAUGCUGGUCAUGCUCUGUGAUGCCCUUGCUCGGGGCCUGAUCAUCAGCUCUAUUCCCACCCAGACACCUGAAAAGUUGAAAAAGAAUGUGCGCCCCAACUUGGUUCAUGUUCCAGUGGAGUCCUUUGCCUCACCUGAGAUUAGAGCAGCCUUGGAGGUCUGUGAGUUCGCACUGAACCUUACCAACGGGAACGUGCCAGAUGACAUUGUCCCCACCAGUGUGCGACAACAUCUCAUCGCCACCUGGGUGAAGACCAAGCAGCUACUGCAGCAGCAGAUUGGGCAGCGACUGGGCACUGAUGAACAGAGUACCAAUGAGAACAUCAGCUCUAUAACCAGAGUCCUUGUUGCCAUUGAGAUGUACUCAUGCAAUGGAUUGGGCCUCAUGGACUUCACUGUUCCUUCUCUAGCCCAGGUGGUGAGAAUGGCCUCUGAGUGCAGCUGGUCAGAACCCCUGGUGGAGCUGCAGAUCCUGACACGCCUCGCCCACUUCGCCUACGUGGCCCACGACCAUGAGAUCACCAUGGCAUGCUCUCAGAAUGCCACGCAGAUGGGCCUCAAGCACCUGAGGUCAUUUGACACGACCGAUGCCAAGCUGGCGGCGGAAAUGCUGUGUACUGCGUCCUGCAUCCAGGGCAGGAGCAUCAUGGAAAACUUGAAGGGUAGGAAGCAGCUACGGCUAGCAGCAGCCAAGGUCUUUGUAGAGAGUGCCAGGUUUGGGGGCCUGGCAGGCAGCAGUUCCCUGGUGAUGAUGGCCGCCCGGCACUACUGGAACACAUGGCUCCCACUUCUGUCCUCACCGGCCAACAGGAAGAAGGCCAAGGGAUCCCUCCAGCGAAUCAUCAGCAUCAUCAACAAGACAGAGUCCAAGAAACAGGAACAAGAUGGAGGAACACAGCAGUCCCCUCCAAAUGUGCCGUUCGUUUCACUUAAGGAGACAGAAAAAACCCUGCUUCUGCACCAGUGGCCAACAGCUGACUUCCAGGGUGGAGGGACAGCACCUGAAGGCCAAUUCCUUCCAGGGUCUGAGGAUGACCUCACACUCCGUGCUGCGCUCUAUAGCCUGCUCUUCCACAGCCACGCUGACCAGAAUGACUGGGAGAUGGGCCUGAAGGUGCUGGAUGAGGCUGUUCAAGUGCUGCCAAGGACAGCCCACCGCCUCUUGAUUUUCAAACACAUGGUCAUUGUGAAGGCCAAACUUGGCCAGAACUUUACUAUGGAAAUUCAGAAGUUCAAGGAUGAGAGCGAAGACUAUUUGGCACACAUGUGGUACCGUCUGGCCCAGAACUCGAGGAACAUCUGUGGAGAGUUCACCUGUUAUCAGAAUGCUAUCCAGGCACUGCAGAAGCCAGAGAGCAACUGGCAGAAGGUGGAUUACAUCGUGGAGUUCAGUCAGUGGAUGUAUUACAAGCAGUUCCCUUUGCAAGAUGUGAUCUCUCACCUCGACUGGGCAAUGGAGAUUCUGCUAUCCAUGAAGCCCACGGAAGACUCCCCGGAGCCAGAGCCCAAGAAGGAAGGGCAGGCCUCCUCUCCCCAGUCUCUCACAGGGAGUGCAGUGUCCUUGAAUCUGGAGGCAAUCUCCUUGGACCAGUUUCGAAGUGUGAGGCAGUUGGAGGCCCUGGCCCGUGUGCACAUCCUUCGGGCCUUGAUGGUGUCCCCAACCUCCCCUCUCUAUGAAGAUGACUGCUUCAUGGCCUACAGCUUCCUCAGGCACAUCUGGCAGAUUUCCUUGAUAGCAGGAGGAAAACUAAUUCCAGAAAAAACUUUACAAGUAGUUAGUUCCCAAUUGUUACUGCCAAAAAAGGAGAAGGAAAGGGGGAAAGAGAAGGAGAAGGAGAAGGAGAAGAUGAAAGACAUCAAACAGAUUUCAACCCCAGUUCCCAACAAGCCACCUGAUGACAUUCCCACCAGCAUAGAAGAGUGGGCCUCCUACUCUUGCUCUGAGGAUCUGUUGUCUGUGUUCAAGCAAGACAGGAGUGACUCUACUAUUAAUGCAUCAAGUUUCCAGAAGCCGACAUACAGCUUGUACUACAUAGACCAUUUGGCCAAAGCCCUGCAAAAGAUGCACCUUCAUGAGCUCAGCAUCCCUAUCCUGCAGCUGGCUGUGCUCAUUGCAGAUGCCGUGGUGGAGAGCAAGAGCCUUGCAGACCUCUACCACCUGCGACUUGCGCAGGUGUGUUCCGACCUGAGGUUGCACAAUGCGACGACUCACCACGAAGAGGUGGUUGGACAGACAUACAUCGGGGACAUGGAGCAAGCCAGCUGCAGAAAAGAGAUUGCAUUUAAAAAGGAGAAGAACAAGGAACCUGUGAUGGAAGAGAGUCUGCCAGUCCUGCAUGAGCAGCUGGCUCCAACCCGCCCUGUAGAGGUGAAGCCACUGAUAGCUGAAGACCAGAUUUUGAAGCUAAACAGAGAGACUGGCAAAGGCCUGGAUGGGAUGUCCUACCCCCAGCUGUGGAUGCUCAAAGGGGAGGUCCUACUGGAGUUGGAGCUGCACCAACCAGCACGGCUACUCCUGUCAGAGGCCCAACAGACCUUCCAGGAGCUAGGUGAUACCUGUUCAGAAGCACAGAGCAUGUUGCUUCUAGCACAGCUGGCCAACAAGGAAAAGAACCAUGGACAAGCUAUGCUCCUGAUUGAGAGGGCCCAGCAGCUAGGUGGAGCUGAAGAGUUCUGGUACAACUCAACCCUGACUCUGGCUGAGGCCAUCUUAUCCUCUGAAGAAGAUGACAAAGAAAUCACAGUUUGCAGACUCUUUCAGAAACUCAUAGAUACUUUCAAGGUCCUCCAGAAAGAAAGGCCAAACCGAGUAUCCCUGCUGGAAUUCCUCAUCAUGGACCUGGAGGUCAGGUGUGUGACACUUCAAGUCCAACUUUCAUUCAACUUGGUUGACAGAGAACUUCUUGAGUGCCCAUUUUUGCUGGAGGAUCUAGAACAGCACCUGUUGGAAGUGGAAAAAAACUUGAUACUCAAUGGCUACAAGAAGAAAUGUGUGGACUUAAAACUAGAGCAUGCGCAGAUAAAGAAGUUAUGUGCUCAAAAGGAGGAAGAUGAGGAACAAAAAACUGCCUAUUGCCUAGAAGUGUAUGACUUGUCCCAGAGAGCUAUCGCUGAGGAAGAAGAGUUAUUUCACAGAAUCCAGGGGAUACUGUCCCUUCACGAUGUGCAGAACAUCAACUCCCCACUGAUGAGGAGGCUGGCCCGCCUCAAACUCCGCCUGGUAGAGACAUGCGUGGACAUGCAGCAGUUAGUCUGCAAGGAGGCCUUGGAGUUGCAGCUGGAGCAGGGCUCUUUUGAGAAGCUACUUGCAGACUUCCUUCAGAACACCAGCGACUACUCAUCCAUUGGCCUGCAAUGGUUCAUGCUGAAGCGGACCUUGCCGCACACAGUGCUGGCACAGCUGGAGAGUCUGCAACCGCUGUGUGUCGGCUGCGUGGACAUCCGUGCCCAGCUUCUGGUCCUGGCUGGCAAGGCCCUCCAUCUGCUUUCCGUGCAGACAGACCCUGUGUAUGCUUCCUUCUGCUGGGAUGAAGACCUCUUGGUAGGUGCUAAACAGAACAGCCUGAGAUCGAUGGAGGUGGAGACGGACACAAGCGACAAGAAUGCAGAGACCUCCUCCAGGGACUCCACAAGCUUGAAGGAAGCCCCCAGGGAGCAAAACCGGAAGGCUGAGGGUCUGAAGAAGAGGGUGGUGCUGGCCCAGAGGUUCCUGGCUCAGACGUCAGAGGUACUGCUGCAGUGUUUGCAGGCUGCCCUGAGCAGCAGCCUUCUGGACAUCGCAGCCAUGGCCAGCUUAGAGAUGGUGGAGUGCAUUGGCAUCCUGGACCCCAUAACCACCUGUCAGUUCCUGUCACUGUCUCAGAGCUGUUCCACCUCACAGAUGAUGCGGGAUGUUCUGCUCACUGCCACGAACAACACCAGCAGCUCCCAGCUGGCGGCCCUGCUGCACCUCCACCAGCGGCUGAGGCAGCAGGACAGGACCUCCACCAGCCUGUUUGCCAGUGUGGAGCAGAGGCUGGCAGCCACUUCCAGGGCAUGGCAGGGCCUCUGUGUCACAGAUCAGCAUUUCACCUUCCUGAAUGAGAUUCCACCCAUGUUCCGGAUCCUCUUUCUGCAGCACUCACAAGACAGGUCCUAUCUGUAUGGUGCUGCCUUUGAGAGACCAAAGUCCAUGCCUGCACCCAAGGGGAAAACGGUACCAGUGGGCGGUUACUGCAAGGUAAUGCGGGUGACUAUGAGUCCAACUGCCUUCUCAGACUUGUUGACCAGGGUCCAGUGGUUCCAGAAGCAGACACAGACCCAGUUGGAACAGAAAUCGGACACCUUGCAUGAUACGGAGCGAGACCUGUGUAUGCAGAGGCUCAACAGCAUCCUGGAGCACAUGGAGGAAUAUAUGAAGCCCAUCGAACCCCUGCUCAUCUUCCCAGAUGUCAGAACACAGAUGUCAACAGCCAAUACUGAUGGAGGGAAACACAAAGUCAAGGAAAGGAAACUGUCUGUCCCUUCAGGGCAGCCUGACCCCGAGUACAUGAUCCUGAUCGUAGACAAGCUCCUACUAGAGUUGCCCCUUGAGGGACUCUCUAGGCUCAAUGAGGUCACCUCCCUGUCAAGAGAAUUUUCUCUCCAGAUGCUGUGGAAUCGUCUCCAUAAGGAGGAGCUAGAAGGUAGUAUGAAGAAAGAGAUCAAAGGCAAGGAAUUCAAGAAGAAAAGUCCAGGAAAGAAAGGUUGGAAGAGCGCCAUGAUCCGGGUCACCCCACCCGAAUGCAUCCUAAUCGACUCCGACACUAUCAAGUUUGUUGUGGACCCUUAUGAGGAGGCCGAGGUCAAAGAGGUACUGAGUCCCGUCUCCAUAACCCAGGAAAUCUUGGAGAAGUUCCGAGACACGUACACUGCACGUUGGACGGGGCAUCUGGGAAGCUACCACAUUCUAAGCCAGACUGACUGGGAGCAGGUACUGGACAGCUGCAGAGGCUUUUUCUUUUACGGAAUGGAGGGCUUCCUGUCCCACCUGAUAGUGGAAAGACUGGUAGCCAUGGAUCUACAAGAAUGCCAGAUGAUGGUCCUGCUGGACUUGACAAGGUCCUCCGAGAGCCGGAAGCGGAAGGUAGAGUCGUCAGAGAACAAGAGUGAAUCACAGCAGUCCUUGGAGAAGCCUAUCGAGACUGCCAUCCUUCUGAGCCUGGUGGGAGUUGAGAGCAUCGUGGCUAACCAGUGGCCCACGCUUCUACAGGACAAUGCACUGAGGGCCACCAUUCUGUGGGAUAACCUGUUAGCAAUUGGCAAGCCACUUGGGAAAACAGUUCGUCUCAUUCAGAAGAUAGGCAAUGAAACAAGUCUUAACCAAGAUGACGUUCCCCAGACCUCCAAGGAAGAGAUAUUCUCUGAGUUGCAGCCUCAGCAGGUUGAGUCACAUCCUACCGCCCUCGGCUUGGUUCUGUACGGACUGCCUCACCAAGCCAUCGUGUGAACUAAACCCUGGAGUCUGGGGCCGCUACCCCUAGCUCUACCCCUCUGAGGCUCCUCCCCAUUCGGGGCCCUUUUCCCACCUUCUGGGGCUCAUCCUAGCCUUGACACACACGGGCUGAUGUCUGUCCUUCUGUCCACGAUACCUAGUCCUGAGAAGACAGCUGUUGCUGGGUAUAGCACCUAAGCUCUUGCUCGUUCUUGUUAGCCUGCAAGCUUGUUUUUGGUUUCAGUGCUUUAGUAAACAACUAAAGUUUACACACAA